CAAUCAGUAUAUUCAGUUUAAGUUUAUUUAAUAACUAAAUAGUUUACUCUUUAGCCAUCCAGAGUCUGAAAGUAAAUUCUCACUCUAAACUUUGACUCGUUGACCAAACUCGACAUCGAUGCCAAUUCAACAGUAAAUAUUCGGAAAUCAUAUUUCAAUCAUCAUUAGUGUCAAUACAAAGGAUUGAGAAAUGGGCAAUUUCGUUAUCCGUCAUGAAAUAAUCAUUUGUCCAUUAGUAAAAUCAACAACAGAUGGAGAGGAAAAGAAUUAGUAAAAUCAAAGGACAUCUUCACCCAAAAGUGCAACUUUAAAUGAAGAUAAGAUGAAAUUAAGAUGCCUGUUCGCUCCGCAGGAUCUAGUAGGCGUUCAUGCUUAGCUCAUGAUAACUAAUCGUGAUCUUUACUUUAAGCCAAAGGGUUUCUAGGUCACUAUAGCUACCUGCAUAUUUUCAACGGUGCAAUAAUCAAAUGACUUUCCUGAUUAAUAUAAGCGCUUUCGAUUUCACAGCAUUUCUCAGUUCUAUUUUUCCUCAUCAUGAGAGUACCCUUUAUGCGUUAAAGUUUCUAAAGAUUAUUUUUGACUGCAUGAUUAUCCAUACAGUGAAACGAUGAAUGUUUCAAUUAAAAUUUUUUGCCUUUUACGGGUGCUGAUUUUGCUAUUUUCAAAGCUUCCAAUUAUCGGAACUAUCUUCAUGGUUAUUCAUUCGAUCUUUAAAGGUGAAAUGAAAGAAGCAUGAAUUGCUUAACCCUAGAAGAUAAUUUUUGAUUGCGUUUUGGACAACUCCAGCUAUUGCUUCAAGAUACCAGAUAAUCAAUAUUAUUUCGCCACAGGUAUGAAUUACGCGAUCCAAGCGGGAUAUCACCAGAAUAUAAAAAACUAUCGGAAUAUUGAAUUAAUAUUUUAUCGCACAUACAAAUGAUUAUUUCGUUUUCAUGAAAACAGGUUGACAAUAAAGCAGAAACUGGACAAUCAAUGAUAAUAAAUGAUUAUGGUUCCAUUUACUAUGUAUGUGUAUCCAUAGUUUUCACUGUUUCUUUUGUUCAAAUAAUUUUUGAAUUGAACAAAAAAGCCAUUCGUGUUUGCUUACCAAGUCUGGAUCAAAUCGAUUGAUAGAUAAAUUUGAUUGCAAUUUGGGAAAUCAUUUUCAGUCAAACCUUAGCAGUUACAGAUAAAAUGUUUCAACCCAAACCUCUAAAUAUAUUCAACCAAGUGAUCUUGGAUGGGUACAUUUUACCCUCCAAAUACAUACUUGGACCAGCGAUUAAAAUAGUACUCUUAUUGACAUCUGCUUAUGGAUCAGCUUUCCAACUAUCAUGGAUGUCUUUUUAUCUUUUCAGUAACUGCAGAUACACCUCAAAGAUUUUGCUAUUGGAAUUUUCAUUUCAUACUACAGAUGUAAUCAAUCUGUUGUUUACCUGUUUGGUGAUCGUUUUUGGCUUUAAUAUGGAUCACUUCAGAGAAUUUAUCUCUACUAUUCAACUGUUGCACAUUGAAACGGACAGCUUUGCAGUUCGAAAAAUCAAACGCAAUCGUCGAAUUAUUCAAGCCCUUUUGAGUGUGGCAUUCACCAUUUACAUGACACUGUACAUCAUAACAGCUAAAGGUUUAUCUAUUCAUACUGACAAUCCAUUUGUAUUCAUCUUACGCUGCUUUCAUGCAGGACUCUUCAGAUUCGGCUCAUUAUUCCAUCUAAACAUGAUUUGCAACAUUUGCUUCUGUCUAAAGGCUGCUUUUAAUCAGAUCAAUUCACAAAUCGCUAACUUAAAUAAACUAUCUGACCAAUCAUUUGGUCAUUUAUUCCACAAAAUCAGAGAUUUGAGACAAAAGUAUAGUUAUGCGGUGCGAUCAACUCAAAGUGCUGAACAAUUGUUUCGCUACUACAUUACAAGAUUCUAUAUGGAAUACUUUGCUUUUGUUACUAUGAACAUUGUCAUGUCAUUUGGACGAAAGACAAGGUUCGAUUCAAGUUGGUUCCUAUACAUGUUGAUUGACGCAAUCCUAUUUAUCCUUUUGACUUACAAUUUGGUUUCAGUAAACAAUUUAUCACGUAAAGGGAUGGAAGAUUUGUAUGAACUAUCAUUCAAAUUGAACACAUUUGAAUCAUGCCAUGAAAAUGACAUUUUCAUUGCUCGAAUGGCGCUCAGUGAUGUUGGCUUUACUUUCGCCAACCUCUUCACUAUAAACAACAGUUUCAUUACAUCGCUAUUUACCCUCUCAUUAACCAUUAUAAUUACCUUGGCCAGUUUCAUUUACCAAUGAAAAUUGCUACAAAUGUUAUGAAGAAUUAAAAUUUCAAUGAAU